UUCUUGGGCAGGAAUUUUGCGGGUCUGAGCGAAGGUCUCAGCAAAAAGUUCCUUUUUUUGCGCAAUCGACACAAUAAUAAGCUACACUUUGAACACAUCAACUUGUUUUAAUACUUCUACUAUCCAUAGAAAGCGUUCUCAACAUGGCGCAAUGYGUGACGAAAGUGGAACUUCAUAUUUCUUGUCGAGGCCUUCUCGACAAGGACACGAUGUCAAAAUCAGACCCGAUAGCUGUUGUAUUUACUCAGGAUAAGGGUGGAAAGUGGUAUGAGUUUGCCAGAACUGAAAGAGUCAAGAAUUCAUUGAAUCCUGACUUCUCCCAAGCCAUAACAAUAGACUAUUACUUUGAAAUGGUKCAAAAACUGAAAUUUUCUGUUUUCGAUGUGGAUAAUGCGACUAAGAAGCUUGACGAUGAUGAUUUCCUUGGCGAAAUGGAAUGYACACUUGGCCAGAUUGUGUCAAAAAGGUCAUUUUCAAAGCAUCUUGAGAUCAAACAGAGACAAGUUGGUACAAUAACAGUUUAUGCAGAAGAGAUCAAAGGUGGUAACGAAAUAGUCAAGCUUACUCUAAGAGCUACAAACCUUGAUAAAAAGGACUUUCUUGGCAAAUCUGACCCAUUUGUAGAGAUUUCAAAAGUAAAAACYGAUGAAGGAUUACUGAUGGUUCAUCGUACAGAGGUUGUGAAAAACAACUUAAAUCCACAUUGGAAAUCAUUUGAAAUUCCUGUCAGCACCCUCUGCAGUGGAGACUAUGAUGGAGCUAUAAAAAUGAGCUGUUUUGAUUAUGACUCUGAUGGCACCCAUGAUUUUAUCGGCUUUACAACYACUAGCCUCAGGCAAUUGAUAGAUAUGGCAAGGACAGGGAAAGGCCUUGACUUAAUCAACCCCAAAAAGCAGUCGAAGAAGAAAUAUGUCAACUCAGGUGUUCUGUACGUGAGUCACUGUGAGAUAUCUCACUACUACUCAUUUUUGGACUACGUGAUGGGAGGCUGUCAAAUCAACUUUACUGUUGGUAUUGAUUUUACAGGUUCAAAUGGCGAUCCAAGUCAUCCGCAGUCUUUACAUUACAUGAACCCAUACGAACCCAAUGAAUACCUYAAAGCACUUACAGCAGUCGGUGAGGUCUGUCAGGACUAUGACACAGACAARCUGUUCCCUGCUUUUGGCUUCGGUGCCCAAGUUCCACCAAAUAUGAGGGUCUCCCACCAAUUUGCUAUAAAUUUUCAAGAUACAAACCCAUACUGUCAAGGAAUAACUGGUGUCGUCGCAGCAUAUCAGGCGUGUAUUAGUCAAGUCAGACUAUACGGACCUACGAAUGCUUCACCGAUAAUAAGACAUGUGACUCAGUUUGCUUAUCGCGCUGGUCAAGAAGGAAAUGCCUCGCAAUACUUCAUUCUUCUUCUCUUAACGGACGGUGUCCUCUCCGACAUGGAAGAGACAAAGAUGGCGAUAGUGCGAGCAUCGAAAGUCCCAAUGUCCAUCAUUAUCGUUGGUGUUGGACCAGCAGACUUCACCGACAUGAAUGAGCUUGAUGCAGACGAUGGCUUAUUACGUGCUGGAACAGAAAUCGCUGAACGCGAUAUCGUACAGUUUGUGCCUUUCAGAGACUUUAAAGGACAAUCUCCCGUUGUUUUGGCACAACACGUCCUGGCUGAAGUACCAAAGCAAGUCCAAUCAUAUUUUAACAAACGAAAAAUACCGCCAAUGAAUCCACAAGGACCGGAKCCUCCAUCACUGGCAGGCCUUUAAGAACURUUAUUCUCUGUCAAACCGUCAAGAAUUGUAGCUAUACCAAUAUUCGUAACUUAAAUACCGCUGUUAGCUUUGACAGCAGAUUCACAAGUUCWUAGUUAACAAAUUUGCUUAGAAAUAUUUCAUGUAAAAAAUCAUUAAAUCAACUUUUCCAAGA